AUGACGACAAUACAGCCUUUGGCCCCAAGGAUACAGAACGAUUCAAAGCCGAUUACUAAAAUAGUAACCUCCAAGGAGUGGGUAUUGCCUCCUCGGCCAAAGCCUGGUAGGAAGCCCAGUGUAGACACUCCCACGACCAAGAGAAAGGCUCAGAAUAGAGCUGCCCAGCGGGCGUUCAGAGAGAGAAGGGCCAACAGGGUCAACGAACUGGAGGAGAAAUUAAUGGAACUGGAAAAAGAAAAGAGCAUCAAGGAGGGUAUAUUGAAUAAUGAAAUUAAGAAACUGCAAAGGGACAAGAAUAUGCUAUUGAGGAGACUUGAAAAGUUGGAGAAACAGAUAGGCAUAGAAGGCCAGACCGACAGGCUACUGGCAGGUAAUGACGGCGGGUUUGAUACUUCUCCACAACAACAAAUAUCACCUGCGCCUUCAUCUACUGGGAAUGCUCCUUCCUCAAAUGCUCCCUCUCCGAACUCGGGUUACCGUCCAGAGUCUACACCAUAUACAGUUGACAAUUCCAUGUCGGAUGGCGGAUCAGACAGUCCAGAUUGCGGCCUUUGCAUGAAAGAUGAUUGUGUGUGUGCCUCUAUUGGCGUGAAGGAAGGUACGACGCAGGCGUCGUCCAUGGAACUCUUCAAGCCCAUGAAGGCAGUUCCCUUGAAAAGACGACGUGUCGGUGAUGAUGACGGGAAUGAAGUUGAUUUCACAAAUGCCUUCAAGAAGACUUCGUUGUUUGCCUCACGGGAAAACAACUCAUUUGUAGCACUUUCUAGAAGUCAAACUCAAGCACAGCCGCAACAGAUUCAGAAUAGUUCCUCCUCAAAUGGUAACAACGACAUGUUUGCGACCUCCAGUGCGGUUGAUACCAAUAUAGAAGAAUGUGGAUUCUGUUCUGAUGAUACCCCAUGUGUCUGCAGAGAAGUUGCGAGAGAACAGGCUCAACUUGAAAGGGCCAACAAAGAACUAUUAGCCGAGACCAGUCUUCCGCCUAUCAUCAACGGAAGGGCCAAUUCUCUCACUUCCAACGCCAGACAAUCGUUGCCCGUUUUGCAUCCAGGUCCUUCUGUCUCUCUUAAGACAGAUGCCCCAGCAAUCAGCAGACACGCCAGUAACAAGGAUCUCAAGACUCUCAGCACGGUGGUUACUGCGCUAGCCGAAGGAGAAUCUCAAAAUAGAGGCUCAUGUACAGGUAACCCAGGAACUUGCUCACAAUGCCAACGGGAUCCGAUGUCCACUUUAUUCUGCACAACCAUUGCCAGUAAGGACGAAGAGAAGGCCCCACUACCCAAAAUUCAGGAUAACGUCUUCAUACCAUGCAGCGACGCCUACAAGACGCUGUCAAGACAUGCCAACUUCAACGAAGUGAACUUUAACACAUUGAUCGGGAAAUUGACCACCAAGGGAAUGCUGGUUGAGGCUGGAAGCGUUGCCAGUGUCCUGAGGGAACUGGACCGAAAGUUUAGUAAUGCAUAA